UUAGAAAAACGAUAAAAAUUUUGGCAACGACCGCGAAAACGGAUUGGCUCAUAUAAAAAAAAUCUGAAACAAAACAAUUUAAUCACAAUAGUUUGUCCGUUAUUAGUCGUUGUUAACAAAAAGAUUUCUGGCAAAAAAGCGGCAUUACAAAAAUUAGUGAAACAGUUAAAAAAAAUUACCAGAACAAAUCGAAGUUAGCCGCUAGAAAAUCAGCGUAAAAAUCCAACAAAGACAGUUGAAACAAUGGCCACCAAACGAGCGUUCAACAUUUUGGAGCAACGGAACAGGAACGAAAACACACAGUCCGUUUCCAAAAACAAAGUACACCACAAAACCGAUCUUCGAGCACCAACAAAGUUUGUCCUGAAGGAUCUGACCAACAGUUCCACGUCGCGAUCACAACAAUUUGCCGGAAAACAGCAGCAGAAAGACGAUUUGGCGGCCUUCAAAAAAGCAACUCUUCAACCAAAACCAUCAGCUCUGCAAUUUCAGGGAAAGAAAUCGGCUGAGAGCAUCGUUCAACCAACAUCCAAAAAACAAGCUCUAACGGCCAGUGCUUUCAGCAUUUUCACGCCGGAAGACUUUGAGCACAAAAGAAGUCAGUGCGAGCUGUUGCGGGAGGAUAUCUUUGAGCAGGCGCUAAAUUUCCACGGACAGCUUCCGCGGCGAGAAGUUAAGCCCAUGAAACCGGUCAAAAUUGAGCCACUUCCGAGUUUCGACUUUGAAAUACCGAAACAUGAAGUACCAAAGUCAAAACCGCUUCCGGGCGAUUUACCUUUUAGCCUGUUUUGGGGGCUGCAGGAAGUUGAAAUUCCCGACUUGGAAUUCAUGUUCUAGGACAAGUUGUUUAGAAAACAUAAGGUUUUUUAUCUGCGCCAUCAUCCAUUCAUUGUAUCAAUAGCAUUUUUUUUGUUGUAGUAAUAUCGUUUUAAUAUUUUUGUAUCAAACGGAAAAAACA